AAUGUAAUAACCUUCUAUCCGAAGACUACAUUAGAGCACAUGGCUGCGGUUGAGCUUCGUGACUUUGCAUGCAAAACUGUGAAGCGGAGUGCAAGCUUGUUCUUGAAAAGCCAUCGAGAGACCAGAACAGCUGGUGCCCCUGUAAUAAAGAAGAAUGCUCGAUCCCUGCAUUUUUCAAGAACAAGCUUGCACUCUGGGGAUGCAAGGGCAAGCAAGGUUUCUUCAAGGGAUGCUGCUGCCAAGGAAGGGGAUGGCAAAAGACCUUGCAGUGAUGAGCUGGCUAAUCAAAAGACUACAAAGACAUAUGAGCCAGCCAAGAAGAGGGGUGUGGGUCAGCCUCCAAAGAGUGAGCAGAGGAUUGUUGGGGCACAGGAAAAUAGCCCCAUCAAAGGCAGGAAAAGUAGCGCUGGGGCACAGGUAGAUAGCCCCAGCAAAGGCAGGAAGAGGAGUGCAGAAGCACAUGAUGAUAGCUCUAGCAAAGGGGGCAAGAGGAGCCAGCGGUGA